AACUAGAGUGAGUAAUUUAACUUUAAUUUUUGGUAGUUUUAUAAAUGUCUGUAAUGUAUUUGGGUUAUAUUAACCCGUCUCGACGAGGCCCCCGCCUCCGCCCAACAAAAAGUCCUUUUUUUUUUUUUUCUUUGUUUCACACCUCGCUGAGUCCCACACUGAUUUGCUAGCCUCUGGCUCCGUUCUCAGGCUUUAUCUUUACUCCAGCUCCUUCACCUCUUCGUCCUACAGAGACCCGAAGAGGCCCGGGCUCCGGAAACAGCCCAACUGCCAAACCGUAGGCAGAGGCGACCUUUCGGACCCGAACCCACACCCACCGCUCAAAGAAAAGUACAGAGCGGCUUCCGCAGCAGUGCAUUCUGGGUGACGUAGUCCCGGCCGGCCACACCGCCUCUGGAGACUUGCAGUCAUCAGCCUGGCAUCAGGAAAGGCCUGGUCAGGACAGUUAUCGAAGGCGGGAAGCCUGACCUACGGAAGCCGUCGGCUCCCAGUCGUCCGGUUUGUCCGCCAGGCUCUCGGCAGAAGCGGAAGUAGCCGGGAGGCGGGUCGGAGCAAGGCGUGAUGACGUAGCGGGGCGCGGGCGUGCCUGGCCGCGAGGCUUUGGCGGGAUUUCUGAAAGUGGCGGUAACAGUUCGCAGUCGGUGCCCGGGCAAAGCCGAGGCGACCCCCGAGUCGCCGCUGCGAGGACCGAAACUCGCUCCCGUUCUUCCUACACUGCCUAACGGAGGAGCUGCGAAGAGGGUUCGAGUCCGGGUGACGGGGCGAGCGUGGUGUUUGCUGCCGGACGGGGCGCGCGGCCCGCGGCUGCGGGACCGGCUGGCAUUGAACUCACUCUCCUGAUUUCUCCAGUGCAUCGUUGCCUGUUUUUAAAUUUCAGAAAUGGCCAUGCAGAUGCAGCUUGAAGCAAACGCAGACACUUCCGUUGAAGAAGAAAGCUUCGGGCCACAACCUGUUUCACGGUUAGAGCAAUGUGGCAUAAAUGCCAAUGACGUGAAGAAAUUAGAAGAAGCUGGUUACCAUACAGUGGAGGCUGUUGCUUAUGCACCAAAGAAGGAACUAAUAAAUAUUAAGGGAAUUAGUGAAGCCAAAGCCGACAAGAUUCUGACUGAGGCAGCUAAAUUAGUUCCAAUGGGUUUCACCACUGCAACUGAAUUUCACCAACGGCGGUCAGAAAUCAUACAGAUUACUACUGGCUCCAAAGAGCUUGACAAACUGCUUCAAGGUGGAAUUGAGACUGGAUCUAUCACAGAGAUGUUUGGAGAAUUCCGAACUGGGAAGACACAGAUCUGUCAUACAUUGGCUGUAACAUGCCAGCUUCCCAUUGAUCGUGGUGGAGGUGAAGGAAAGGCCAUGUACAUUGACACUGAGGGUACCUUUCGCCCAGAAAGGCUGCUAGCAGUGGCUGAGAGAUAUGGUCUCUCUGGCAGUGAUGUCCUAGAUAAUGUAGCAUAUGCUCGAGGGUUCAACACAGACCACCAGACCCAACUCCUUUAUCAAGCGUCAGCCAUGAUGGUAGAAUCCAGGUAUGCACUGCUUAUUGUGGAUAGCGCUACUGCCCUCUACAGAACCGACUACUCAGGUCGAGGGGAGCUUUCAGCCAGGCAAAUGCAUUUGGCCAGAUUUCUGAGGAUGCUGCUGAGACUUGCCGAUGAGUUUGGUGUAGCAGUGGUAAUCACCAACCAGGUAGUAGCCCAGGUGGAUGGAGCAGCCAUGUUCGCUGCAGAUCCUAAAAAACCCAUUGGAGGAAACAUCAUCGCCCAUGCAUCAACAACAAGGCUAUACCUGAGGAAAGGAAGAGGGGAAACCAGAAUCUGCAAAAUCUACGACUCUCCCUGUCUUCCUGAAGCUGAAGCUAUGUUUGCCAUUAAUGCAGAUGGAGUGGGAGAUGCCAAAGACUGAAUCAUUAGGGCUUCUUUCCUGGGAUAAGGUUUUAAAUGCUGUCUAGCCUAAUGAACAGGACUGCUCCCUGGGCUUCUUCAUCCUGUUGCGACUGCCAGGACAUGGCUUCUGGGAAAACAACUAUUGUAUCAGCUUUCUGGUGUCAAACAGGUCAGUAUUCAAACUGAUCUGAAAUGUUUAUUUCUUCUAUAGUAUAUUAAUAACUGAUUUUUUUUUUUUUUUUUUUUUUUUUUUUUUUUUUUUUUUUUUUUUUUUUUUUUUGGUGUUUGGAGUAGAGUCUUGUGUCUCCAAGGGAAGUAAAGCUGGAAAGAUCUAAGACUUUUGUAACAGUGAGAAUGGGUGCUUUUACACAUUCUUUUUCUCUAAGUAAGAUGCAAACUUUAAAAUUAUAUGCCUGAACUGUCAUGUAAUUUUUUUUUUAAAUUAUUUUUUGGUUAAGCAGUCUUCUUGCAUGUGGCAUGCUAGUCUCUAUCAGCCCUUCAGGACAUGCUUGUUAUUCAAUUACUAAGACUUCACUUAAGCCAGUUCGUUCCACAGCUGCUAAUAAAGUAGUUGUGUGCAGUGACUGUGUUAUUUAUUGGAGAUAUCCUAGUGAAGACUGAAUAUUGCAAAAUAGGGUUUCUGUAACAUCUUUUGGUACUGAGUAGUUAUGAUCAGAUGCUAUAAUUUAAAGAUGUGAACACUAAAGAAAGCCCUACUACAUAAGUCUUGUGAUUCAGAGGUCUAACAUUGCCGAAAUGAUUCUACUUUAAGAGUAUUUCCAAAAACCGUGGUCUCCUUUUUUAGUUCUUAAGCCUUAUUAAUAAAAGAAUUUCAAAAACA